GAUGAAAAUGAAGAAGGUACUCUAAUAUAUCAUAAAAACAUUAACAUAAAAGAUUGCUGCUACAUGGUAGCUGAUGCAUGGACUUCCGUAAAGGCGAUAACUUUGAAGAGGGCUUGGAAUAAAAUAAAUGGAAUUUCAUCACAACAGCAAAUACAGGAAGAAAAAGAAAAUGCAGAAUUGAAGAACAACGAGGAAAGUGAUAAAGAUACUGAUUCAAUGUCUACGGAAAACCUGCAGAAUAUGAUUACAAAAGUUCCAGGCUGUUCCGAGUGCAAUGUAGAGGAUAUCGAAGAUUGGUUACAUUCUGAUUCAAUAGAUCCUGGGUUCCAAUUAUUGAGUGACGAUGAAAUUAUUCAGAGUACAAAAGAAGAAUCAUACCCAGUGGACACAGAAGGUGACAAUGAUUCUACAUUUGAAUUAGAAGCUGGACCUUCUGCAAGUGAGGCGUUUGCUUGUUUUGAGACUGCCUUAAAUUGGAUGGAACGACAAUCUGAAUGCGACCAUGUAGACCUUCUUGUCGUCAAGCGCUUGAAAGAUCUAGCUGCUAAAAAGCGAGUUUCUUCAUUAAAACAGCGUACAUUGACAGAAAUGUUUAAAUAAAAUUAUUUUCUUUAAUAUCUAAAGUUAA